GGAGUUAUCGCAGGGCGCGCACCAUGGUGUUCAAUGUCAGCGAGUGGGACGGACCCCUGAAGCUCAGUGAUGUGGACGAGAGACCAGCGUUUCCUCUGACGGUGACCCAUGAGACGGUGUGCAUAGACCAGCUGGGCAAAGUGCUGAAGCCUUGUCAGAUUAAAAAGAGACCAACCAUUGAAUGGGAAGGCAUGGAUCCCAAGAAGCUGUAUACUGUAAUAUUAACAGAUCCCGAUGUGCCCAGCAAGAAUGAUCGCUCUAUGGCACAAUGGCAUCACUAUCUGGUAGUAAAUGUUAACGGAAAUGACCUGAACAGCGGCACUACUCUUACACAAUAUGUAGGUUCAGGAGCAGGAAAAGAUACAGGUCUACAUAGGUAUACCUGGCUUGUGUAUGAACAGACGACCCCACUCAAGUGUGAUGAACCUUAUUUGAGUGACAGAACUGCAAAGCGUCGAGAAAAAUUUGAUGCAGCUGGUUUCCGUAAAAAGUAUGGACUUGGUCCCCCAGUCGCUGGUGCUUGUUUCCAGGCUGAAUGGGAUGAAUCUGUUCCUGAACUUUACAAACAGAUGGGCGUAGCAUAAAACCAGGGGAAGCCACAAACUGUGUCUAAUAAUAUUUAUGUAUCUCUGUACAUGUCUUUAACAAAACAAAGUCAAAUCUUGUAGUUUAUUUGACACAGACUUUUAAAUUCAAGCUUAACAUACUUUUAGUUUUCUUUUGAUUGUCAUUUUAAUAAUUUCGAAGAAAAACUGUAUAUCAUGGGUUCUUUUUAGUGUUGAGCGAAUCGAAGUUAAUGAAGUGGAAUUAGAUCCGAAUUUCAGGAAAAACAUGAUUCUCCGUGAAUCUGAAUUUCUUGGUGCUUCAUUGUAAAGAAUAAAUUUUUUCUGAAAUGGCGGUAAAACCCCCCCCCCCCCCCCAAAACACAUACUCUCUUCAUCCAUUUGAUCGUAAAGAGUCCGUCGUGGCCAUCUUGAUUGAAGAAAAAGCACCAAUUCCUGCACACGCUGACGUCAUCACAUCAGCGCAUGAGAAUUGGAGUCUUCUCUUCAAUCAAGAUGGCCACGACGACCUAUCUGCAAGUAAAUAGAUGAAUGUGACUCUCAGAUGCCGUGAUCGCCAUUCCCUGUCAUUGCGCCGGCUCCAUACAAUGGAAUGUGAUUUGUUACGAAAUGAUUUGUAACAAGUGGAAUUUCUUGUUGAAGUUCAGUGAGGCAUCUGAAUCGAAUUUUUGAAAACUUCGCUCCUCACUAGUUAUUUUCAGCUGAUGCAGUGCAAUGAUUUACACAAAAGGCAGUCUGAUGUAUGAAAUUGAAUGUAUGAAAUGGAAUGUGCAGACUAGAUGGGCCAAAUGGUUCUUAUCUGCCGACACAUUCUAUGUUUCUACUAAAACUUUAUUGGAUUAAACCAUUGUUUAAAAAUA